CAGAUGAUUACAGUAGAGGCACAUCAGCAGCGCUCAUAUACAGUAACACGAAUUUGGAUGCGACCUUUGUUUAAUUUUUAAAUAGCCAUCAUGACAACUAGCAAGCGAUUCAAUGAUGAAAACUACAAAAACUGGUUAAAAACAGCGGAGAGUCUUGCCAUACUGAGGAGCCGAAUUCAGGAUUUCGUCGAAAAGGAAACCGAAACUUAUCACAGAUCUCUUCGAAAUAAACCUGCUCUCAGUUUAAGAUGUACGAACAAUUGCGAAUAUAAGAAUAACAAGUCUCGUCUUUGUGAUGUGUGUAAUAAUUGGAAGGAUGAAAUCGAGGCCAAUCAUAAGGCAAAGAAAACUAUACACUUGGAAAACUGCCGACCACAUCUAUGGUCAAUAGAAAAGUGGGAAGUCGCCAAGGCAUAUAUGUCGCGUGGGCAAAAGCAGCAUUGCAAGUUUGCCCAGUUUGAUGUUUCCGCCAUCCUUAACUUUAUGAAUUUCUGCAAACAUUUCAACGACAUUCCAAGACGAUUUCUGAGCAGUGUAAUAAAUGUGCGGAACAGUGUGAUGCACUCACCUGACAUGAAAAUAAGCAAUGAGGAGAUGGCCAGAUAUCUUCACAAUGUCCUGGAGUUUGCAAAGGACCUUGAACCUUAUGCUUCAGAUCUCAAAGGCAUAAGAGAAGAGAUAACACAGUUUAACAACAUUUUGGACAAGAAUUUCUGUCAAACCUCGCAAAAUGAAGUAGAUGGCAAACAGGAAGACAUCCAGAGCAUGAAAGAUAUCCAGAAAGUUCUGGAUCGUGAGCAGCAAGCUAUGAAGGAAAAGAUUGAAGAUAUUCUCUUCCGCUUUGAGGGGAACCCAGAUAAAACCGCCAAAGAAGAACCACAGGGUAUGAACAAUCUCCUGGACUUUCUGGACCAAAACAAAGACCUCCUUGAGAACUUGGGCCCUCAGGUCACCAAACUUAAAGAGAUGCAGGACAAAGUAGAUCAACAUGAUCAGCAGAUAACCAACCUGACUGACAGAGUGGACCAACUGGAGCAGGUGACACAUGAUCCAGUGUGUCCUGACAAACCACCAAGAUACAAGAAUCAUCUUUUAGAAUAUUCUCGUGCAAAGAAAUGGCUAGAUCCUAAAUUUACUGAGGACCAGGAAGCUCAAGGUUACAGGGGUCGGGUGGAAGUGAAUGGACAAAUUUUCACCGGCAAAAAGGUGUGGAAUAGCAGGAAGGCUGCCCAUCAGGAGGUAGCAUGCAUUGCCCUUGAGCAACUGAAAUCACAGGAUGAAACCACAAAUGAACCAUCAAGCUCUUCAGCCUCAUCAGUCAUUCAGACCGACACGUCCAGUUCUCCUUCCUUGGGGAUCACUUUCUUUAGUAAAGUGACUGUGGUUCUUAAUCAAGAAGUUGAGUCUGAUGGAUGCUAUUCAAACAAAGAAGAAGCAAUUGAAUCAUCUUAUCAGGUUUUAUGGAAACAUUUACAAGGGGUUAUGGACCCAGUACAAGGUCGGACAUACAGGUCCGCGAUCAUGGAAUAUUUCAUGAAAUGUGGUUUCCAAAAACCAGCAGAAGUCUUUGAUCCAACUGAUGACAACACAACCAUCUGCAAGCUCAAACUCAAUGGUCCAUUUACUUUUUAUGACAGAGUGGGCUCCACCAAGAAGAAGCAGGCAGAGCAACAGGCAGCUAAAGUUGCUCUGCAGCAUCUGUCAGGGAUCCUCAACUCUGCUCCAAUAUCCGAUACUGAGACGAAUUUUAAAGGUGUUUUGAAGGAGCGUCUAGAGGGCCAAGGUCUUAAAAGUCCCAUUUAUGAAACAGAGCAAAAAGAAGGACCCAGCAUAGAGUCAGUGAACAGUGGCACCAGCCAAGAGCUUUCAAACUCAUCUGUCACUCUGACUACAGUGAAACAGGAUUCAGAGCUGGAGUCUGAAAGCAUCUCCACACCACUGGAGCUCUCAUCACACCAGGAUUCAGUCAGUGAUACUGUUCCUCUAACGUUGAACCCUCAAGAUUCCAGUUCUCCUAAAAAGGCCAAGAUUGAUUGUCCAGGGUCCACUUACUUUGGUAAAGUUACUAUGGUUCUUGAUCAAGAAAUUGUGUCUGAUGGACACUAUUCAAAUGAAGAGGAAGCAUGUGAAUCAGCUUACAAGGUUUUAUGGCAACAUUUUUGCAUCAGUGCUCCAAAAGAAGGUCAAACAUACAGGUCAACGAUCACGGAAUAUAUCAGUACGUGUGGUUUCCAAACACCAGAAGCACACUUUGUUCCGACUGAUGACAACACAAUCAUCUGCAAGCUCAAACUCAACGGGCCUUUUACUUUUUAUGACAGAGUUGGUUCCACCAAGAAGAAACAGGCAGAGCAACAGGCAGCUAAAGUUGCUCUGCAGCAUCUGUCAGGGAUCCUCAACUCUGGUCCAAUACCGGAUACUGAAAAGAACUUCAAAGGUGUUCUGAAGGAGCGUCUAGAGAUGCUGGGUCUCAGCAGUGCAAUCUAUGAAACAGAGAAAAAAGAAGGACCAAGCAAUGAGUCGGUGAACAGUGGCACCAGCCCAGACCGUUCAAAUUUAUCUAUCACUCAGGCACCAGAGAAACAGGAUUCAGAGCUGGAGCCUGAAAGCAUCUCCACACCGAUGAAGCUCUCAUCACACCAGGAGCCAGUCAGUUAUACUGUUCCUCUAUUAUCAGCUCCUAAAGAGUCCAGUUCUCCAGGCUCACACAGGAAAAGGGCCAGGAUUGAUUGCCCAGAAAUAUAUGAACUCUUUAAUGUAUUUAAUCUGAAGCCACCACAUGUGAAAUUUGAGGACAUCAAGUAUGAUCAAAAUUUCAUAUGUACUGUGGGAAUCAACUUUGAAAAUUUUAGUUUUUCUAACAACCAAGGCUAUGACACUAAGAAAGAAGCCAUUCGAAAAACCUACCUGUUGUUCGGCUGUGCAGUGGCAAUUUUUGAUCCUAGCACAGAUGAAAAGAAGUCCAGUGAACAGGUGAAACAACACUUUUCACAGAACUCUCUUGCCCUUCCUCAGGAAGAUUUUGAAACCUCUACAAAGCCAUUCUGUUGCUUACUAAAAAACAUAACUUACAAUGUUGUCUAUAAGGGACAAGGGUCCUCAGAGAGUGAAGCCAAGCUAAAUGCUCUUCAGAAAGCCCUAAGUUCACUGUCACCUCUAUUUGAUUAUCCUUCACUAACUGGAGCUGAUACUGCUGAAGAGGUGGAGAAUCAGCUGAUCUCCAUGCUGAAAGGGGCUGGGCAGAAAGACCCCAUUAUUUGCCCUAAAGACCCUUUGAAAAAGGCCUGCAUCCAGCUAUCUUUCAGUGACUACACAGUGAAGUGCAUAUGCAAAGGCUCCAAGAAAGAAGCUCGUAAUCAUCUUAGUUCACGCAUACUGGGCCUGCUGGGGGUGAAGCCAGAACCAAACAAUUCAUCUUUAAGAAACUGUUUAGAUGAGUGGUUUAAAAAAAAUAAGCUGCAACUGCCAGUGUUUGAAGACAUAGAAGAGGCACUUGGAGCAAAAGCGACUUUCUCUGCUCAGUUAACCUGCUGCAGUCCAGCCUGGGAAGACAAUUUGGAAACAGCAAAGAAGCAGCUGCUUGAAGAGCUCAGACUCAACAGAUUUAAGUUUCUAACUGACUAAAAUAUUGAAAAUGUAUUUUAGCGGGGCCUGGGUAGCUCAGCAAGUAAAGAUGCUGACUGCCACCCCUGGAGUCGCGAGUUUGAAUCCAGGGUGUGCUGAGUGACUCCAGCCAGGUCUCCUAAGCAACCAAAUUGGCCGGGUUGCUAGGGAGGGUAGUCAAAUGGGGUAACCUCCUCGUGGUCGCUAUAAUCUGGUUCUCGCUCUCGGUGGGGCACAUGGUGAGUUGUGUGUGGAGAAUGACGUAAAGCCUGCACACGUGCUAUGUCUCCGCAGUAACGCACUUAACAAGCCACGUGAUAAGAUGCGUGGAUUGACUGUCUCAGAUGCGGAGGCAACUGAGAUUCGUUCUCCACCACCCAGAUUGAGGCGAGUCACUACGCCACCGCGAGAACUUAGAGCGCAUUGGGAAUUGGGCAUUCCAAAUUGGGGAGAAAAAGGGGAGAAAAUAAAAAAAAGAACAAAGAAAAAUACAGAAAAUGUUUUUGAUAUGUACCCAAAAUUCACUAUUAGUCUGAAUGGCCUAUUUACCUGUAAUUGUUCUGCUUUUUUAUGGUUGUGGUAUUUUUUUUUCUUUCUUCAAUUUCAGUAUAUAUUUACAUUAAUUCAUUUGGCAGUAAAGCUACAAGAACUGAACAUAAAUGCACGAAACCACUUUAAAGAUAUUUAUACUAAAGGUAUACAUAUAUGUGUGUGUGUACAAAACCCUUUUAAAAUCAGCAAACAUUUUAAUUCCAUUGAUUGCGCAGUCUGAAGUUUAAUUCAUUUUCCAAUAUGAGUUUUCUAAAAAUGUCCUUCUGGUCCAUUCUCUGCACUGAACCUCUCACCUUGAGGUCUCUCAUUUAGAAUUUCCUUCAAUUUCCUCCUUUAUUUUACAUGCUUUUUGGCUUAUGACAUGGGAGCCAUCUGUAGCCUUUAGCCUCCUCGUUAGCACGUCGACCUCCCAUGCUGGCGACGCCGGUUCGAAUCCCGCUCUGAGCGGGUGUAGCAGGAUCAGUUACAGUGGUGCUGUGACCCGGAUGGGAGUGAGGUUUAGGGAGGUGAGUGUAACGGGAGCCAGCUGGUACAUGAUAGCUGUGCAGUGUGUGUAAUCCUCACUCCCCUGGCCUCAAAAGGCGCACUAGUGACUGACGCUAGGGGCUGUAGCCUUUAGCCUCCUCAUUAGCGCAUCCGCCUCCCAUGCCGCUCAGAGCGGGUCUAACAGGACCGGUUACAACUGCAAACUACAGUAUAAGUGUUUUCUAAGUGGAAUUAGUUCAGGAUGGAGAGAUGUUGUUUUUUAACAGAUUCGAAGGGGUUGUUUUUGCUGGACAAGUCAAGCAGUUGUGAAGUAGAUAUAAUUCAGAUACAGCUAUAGACAAGCAACAUCCAUUUUUAAAUGUUUGGUAGGCAAACUUCUUCCAAAUUCAUUCCUGUCUUGGCUUCAGAGCUAGCAUGAAACAUUAGGACUUGAACAUUCAGUAUAUUAAAAUGCAGUAGUUGGAUUUGUUUCGAGCAUCUCUUCAUAGUUUAAAACAUGCAGUUUCCUUAAAUUGGUCUUGCAAAGAGCUAAUCAAAUUCAAAAUUGUGCCGUUUAAGGUUACUCAUGUGAAUUCUGAACAUCAACAUCUUUCUCAUAUGCAUUUAUUAAUGGCCUCUAUUGCCCAUGUUUGUGUUUUUGUUUAAACUGUGGAUUGUCAUUUUUUUUUUUUUACUGUUUACAAUGAACUAUAAAAACUGUUUACAGUUAUACUUUGUGAUAACAUACAUUAAGCACUGAAGAUGCAUCAUUAAUUCAAUAAUCAUGCAAUGUAUUUUUUAUAUUUUCCAUUGCCUUGUCAGAUUUUAACUACUGAAGCUUGAUUACUUUUUUAGACCCUUUAGAGAUUUUAGGGAUAUGCUGUAGAUGUCUGACUAAAUCUGUGUGCAGAAAUAAAGAUGUUUGAUGGA